AUGUGCUUUUAUGUCGCUUGUGCCCUAAAGGAGGCUAGAACAAAAUAUAGGCACAAUUGGAUCAGCGCAAGUCACGACCUCCAGUGCAACCCAGACAUAUCACCGGAUCCUGAACCAGAGAAUAUAACGGAGCUCCCUGAAGGAACACUGACCAUAUCUAAAAAACAAAAAUCAACCCAAAAAGAACAAGAAGAACAGUCCCCUGUACAAACUCCAAGGCCCCAAAACUUGUGGAGAAAACCAAAGAGGAAGAAGAGCACAACGACAGGAAAUCCAAAGCAACUUGUGGUUGCUGAUGACAACGAUGAUAAAAAGCCCAAAAAGAAAAGAAUGAAACCUGAGAACAACAAACUGAUGAUUGGUCAAGAUCCACGGCCAAUCAGUUCUGAAGAUUACGUCAAGAAAUUUGAGACAAGGAUGACACCAAACCAUCUCUUCCAACUCAUCUCUGAAAUCAAUAAACCAACAGAUCUUACAAAAGAGCCAGAUGCGGUAGAUUAUCGCCAACUACAAAGGCAGGCUAUCAGAGAUAUGGGAUUUGGCGCCUUGCUGGAUCUCAAAAUCAAAAAUAUUCCAACAGCCUUGUGCAAUUUUCUGGCAAGCAAUUUCCAAACCGGUGCAAGACAAGUCCCAUUGGAUGGGAACAAUGUACUGGAUAUCAAACAGGAAGAUGUUGUUGCUGUACUUGAUCUUCCUCGUGGACCCAAACCACUGGAAGAAUUCAAACAGAAUGAUGCCGGUAUAACGGACCAUGCUGAGAUGGUGGAUGCGUUCAAGAAAAGAAUGGGAUACAGUAAUAAAUUCCUGCCAACGAGAUCCACCGCGACAAAAUUAAUUGCUGGUCAAAAACAUUUUGGUGAUGACUUCAAACGAGAUUUCCUCGUCUUCGUUGUGAGCACAUUCCUACAUGGAAACACCACUUCCAGGAUCACAAUGAACAUCCUGAAGUCCCUCGUGAACAUCAAUGAAGUGACACAAUACAAUUGGUGUCAAUAUGUGAUUGAUGCACUGGUGAAAGGAUGCAAAAGUCACCACGAUGGGAAACCAUUUACCGGACCAAUCACUUUUUUCCUGUUGUGCUACCUUGACAGGUGUGAGUAUGAGAGAGCACAUCCGAGGUCAUUCCCUGUGAUCAAAUCUUGGGAUCAAAAGAUGCUGGAUGACAGAAUAAGACUUCAGGGAAGCAAUUUCACAGAUGUCCAGACACUUGAACGUCUCAAGAAACCGUCCUCAGCAGCAUCCCGAGAUGAACAACCAGAGGCUGAAUCACAGGAGGAUACACAGGGAAACCCCAACAUACAGCAAGUCUAUAAAGAUGCCUCCGUCUUCAGGUACAACACAACAGGAACAAGAGCAGAGCAACACCAGCAAGACCUCCAGGAGGCACAGAUUUGUGAAUUGUGCGAGAUGGCAUGGAAGUCCGCUGAAAGCAGAUUUGCAACAAUCAUAGUACAGCUGCAACGACAAGUAGCUGACCAACAAGAACAACAACAACACCAACAAACUGAUGACAACACUGUAGAAGCUCCAAUUAAUCUCGCAAAAUUUCAAGACAUUGAAAUUGACAAAGCACAGGGACUGGAGCAAUUGAGCCAGACAAAUGAUGAGGCUUCUAUUGCAGUGGGGAAAUCUGUGCCUACUUCAAAAGAAGUGGUGGUUGAUGAACCACAAACUCAACUACAAGGGGCACAGGGACUGGAUCAAUUGAGCCAGACAAAUGAUGGGAAUUCUCUUCUAGUGCGGAAAUCCGUGCCUACUUCAAAAGAAGUGUUGGUUGAUGAACAACAAACUCAACCACAAGAACAUGCAACGAAUGUCUGCACGACAGAAAAGAAGAGAUCCCAUCAAGAUUCCACCGGCCGGGAUUCAGGUGUGAAAUCCACCUAUACCAAAAGGUCGAGAAGCACUGGUACUAGGAAAAGGAAAGCAUUGAAAGACGCAACUAUCCCAAGCUUUAACCUGGGUAUCUUCUCCAGUCAGGAAGAUAGUUACGAGACAACCCAGGAGAAGAACACUCAGGAAGAUGUCACAGUAAGGGUUGAUCUGGAUAAAGAUGUGAAUGAGACUAUAGAAGCAGAAGAAUAUCCAGUACCAUCUGCUCUCGACGAAACAAAGAAUCCCAGUCCUUCCAUCGAUGAAAUUAUAAUAAGGACCAGUGCACCAGCGUCCGAAUCGUCGAGUGAUACAGAAAAACUAGAGAUCAUUGCGGCUGUUGCAGAACAAGUUGAGAAAAACUCAGAGGUGGUUGAAGCAGUCCCUUUAAGCAUAAUUCCACCCGAUUGGAAUGUUGCUUCUACCACGGGUGGUCUACUCAUGCUGGACAAAGAUAGUGGAAAACUAAGUUUGAUGAAGGGAUCCUCAAUCAAAAACCUAGGAGGAGAAAUCCACCAAGAAUCCACCGGUUGCCCGAACGGUUCAGGUCGCCGUUCAUGCUGCAGAAGAAAAACAAGAAAAAAUUUCAUACAGUUGACAGAGGAGAAGAAGAAAAUAACCGAAGAAGAAGCCCUGUUGAUAGACUUCGCUCUCUUGCAGAGACAAGAAGAAAUAGUUAAAUCAUGGAAUUUCUUGUUUGAAUUUGGAAAAAUUGUUUGGGCAGACAGGACAGCAUUCUAUUCCAUGAGGGAAGGCACAUGGAUAGAAAACAGCAUCAUAGAUGCUUGGGCUGUCAUCCUAAACAAAGAAGAAGCUAAAAGUGACUCCCCAAGUCGGAUAUUCUUUGGUGUUUCCGUAUUUUUUGUUACUAAUGCUUGUCCAUCAGAGUUCAACUGGUUAUCCAUUCAUUCUUGUUUGUCAUCUAGGGUACUUUUGGUUGAUCUUGAUACAAUCAGUCGAUACAACCAACUGGGCAGUAACAAAGAAGAACUAGAGUUUACAUUCUAUGAGAGGUUGGGUCUUGAACUAGAAGAACAAGGACUCAGUGUAGGAUCUCUGAUAGUGGCAAAAGCUAUCUACUUCCCAGUACACUACCGAGAGCAUUACUUCUUGUAUGUGUUGCUGGUUCAAGAAAAGAAAGUGCUUGCAUUCAACAAUCUACAUGCAAAAGAUCUGGACUACUACAAGCCAACAAAAGAUCUACUUUUUCGGUUCUUCCAAAGCUACGUUGCAUGCGUGUUUCCACGUAUAGAACUGGUCAGUGCUUAG